AUGGCUUCGCACAGUGAACAGCAUAAUAAGUCGCUUGGUGACUACUUAAAAGAAGUAUCUGAUGGCUUGAUGACGCUUUAUAACCAGAACGAUGGCUCAAACCGUAAUGAAGGUGAUCCAACUGAGGAAAUUCCACAUAUUGGGAAUGCAAAAUCCGCUUAUACAUCUGAUCAAACGACACAGAAUAAGUCUCUUUCGCAAAUUGCUGCAAACGUUUUAAGUACAGAAGAAUAUCAACAGCAUCGUGAUAUUAAUUUACCACAAGAAGGUACAGACUUAACUGCCGUUGAAGCUCAUGGCAAUGAUGGUGGUCAAGAUAACGAUACAAACAUUCAACAAGAGCUUUACGAUAACGUGGCUACAUCAGGCCAUUUACUUAGUGCAUCUGGUCAGGCAAUGAAAGACAGCAAUAGGGAAAAUGAGAUUUCAGACAAUCAUUCGGGUAACAUUUCUGGAGAUGUUGCACACUUGGAAGAUGUCCGCUAUCAGCUGCAAAAUGCUAUGAAAUCUGCUGAGCCCAGUAACAGAUUAUUGGGGCUCGCUACGGAAAAGUUCACUGCUUCCGGAGAUAACCAAUUAGAUGCACUACUAAACCGUGUAGGGGGUGAUGGUAGAAGCAUAGAAGAUGCUCAGUUUUCGAUUGAUCGACAUGAUUGGUUAAGUUCCAUUGGUCUUGAUUCACAGCACUGUGAAAGUCAAAUCUAUUCACUUAAUGCAAAGCUGUUGGAAAUUCAGCAACAGUUAGCAGUUGCAAGGUCUUCGGAGCGAAAAAAGGAUAUGAUGAUUGAACAACUCGAUAAAUCCGUAGGCAGUGUUCUUGAAAAGUGGAAAUUGCGUGACGCGGAAAGAACUGAAUCAAUUAAGAGAUUAACCAAUGAAAGAGAUACCAUUAGACAAGCGCACCUUCGUCAACAAGAAGUUCUCUCAAAGUUUGAGCAGGACAUGGCUCAGGCUGUAGAAGCCUUUUCAAAAGAACAAAAACGAGCGAAUCAAGCUGAAAAAGAGAAGCAAAUACAAGUUCAGAAGUUAUUGCAGGAAAGAGAACAUAUCAAUCAAGAAAAAGAACGUCAUCGGAUGUUAGAGGUUGAGCGAAAUCUUAUCCAACAAAAUUUAGAAGCAGUAUGCAAUGAGAAAAGCGCUUUAGAGAAAUUGCUGGAAGAGGAGCGAUUAUUAAGACAAACUAUGCAGCAAGAUUGGUCUAUUAAGGAGGAUAAGUUGAAGGAUGAACAACGUCAAAUGUCUAAAGAAGCAAAAGGUGAACUUGAUAAGUACAAAGCAUUAUUUAAGGAAGCGGAAGUUUCUAUGGAAUCUGCAGAUAACGAAAUACAUAAGUUAAAAAAUGAGUUAGAUACUUCGAAACGAGCUUAUGAGAGUUUAAAGGUAGAAAUGAGUCUCAUGGAAGCUGAGCAUGAAACAAGCCUUAGCAAACAAAGGACAGACAUUGUUUCUGAACUUGAACUACAGUUGUCUACUAAGUUAAAAGAAACUGAAGAAACAGCUGUAAAGAAUAUUUCUCAGCUAAGAGACAAUCAUAAACAGCAGAUUGUAACCCUUAAAGACAAACAUAAACAGGAAAUAGAAGCAUUAGCGUCAGAGUAUUCGCAGGAAAUGACUUUGAAAGCUAAUACUUUGAAAACAACUAUAGAUGACUAUGAAGGCCGACUACAGUCAUUACAGAAUCGUUUAACUGAAGAAGAACAGUAUCGUAAUGAAAGAGAAAGGCAGCGGAAUGAUUUAAUGCUUCGUCUUCAAACCUUAAUGCAAUCUCAUUGUAAUGAGGCUGUUAAGUUAAUUGGAGAUUUAUUACCGUCAUCCAUAAAGGUGCUAGCGCUUAUUUAUUAUUUCAAACGAUUGCUCACCGCUAAGCCAUUAGCGGUUGAUGAAAAGAUAACUUCUACCAAGGUAAAUUUAUUAUGUAAUGAGAAAAUGGAAGCAGAUGCUACUAUAUUACAACAUCAACCUGUAAGCUCGUCCGACGAAAAAACAUAUGAUCCAGUUUCUAAUGAGAACCGUAAUGUUAACCAAAAAAGUAACGAAGUAUCUACUCAGAACGAGGUCCAACCCAUCAGUGAAAAAUUAGAUAAUCUUGGUAUUAUGAAUGAAAAGAGACCUUUAAUAAAUCCAGAUUUAGGGAAUCACCAUCAGAAUGAAAGUGUUUCCUCUGAUAGCAACACUAAUAUUAUUCGUAGCUAUGGAAAUGAUCUCAGCUCAGGCUCUUAUUCUAAUAAUUAUGCAAGUUCCAAGCCAAAUUUCACUAAUAGCUUCAAGAUAUCGAAUUUUAAAACAGAGAAAUUGGCGGAUAUUAGUAGAUAUCUAAAUACAAUGCCUAGAAAUUCACAAGAUGUAUCUGAUCAGAUUUCAACGAAUGCCAAGCAGAAUAAUCAAACAAGAGUCCUGGCAAAUAGUAUUAAUAGUCGUAACAUGACACCAACAAAACAAGCAAAUACGGACUUAAUUCUAAAUAUACUGGAUACAAAUGCAGCUAACGAAAAUAACGUUACACGAUCGAAUAUUGACAUGAGGCCUAUUCAAAUUCCCAUUGAACCAGGAAAUACAGAAAAAUCUACAACAAAUUUAUCGAAUUUGUACACUGCAAAUAUAAAUGCUGGUCAGAUAAAUGCCGAAAAUAUAGACGAUUUACGGCAAAAUGAACUGCAACACUAUGUUGAAAUGGAUAUGUUGACAAACAAAAUUGGUGAUAGCGAUCAAAUUGGACUUCCCUCCGGAUUGAUCGCUAUUCCGAAAUCUACUGAUGACUAUGUAGCAAAUUUAAAUGAAAACAAGAAUGAAUCAUUUCAUUCUUCAGCUUUUCAACAUGUACCUUCUGGUUAUGCCGGAUCGAUUGCGGCGACGUCACAAGCUAUGAAAGGACAAAAUAGGGCAGUAUCAGUACAAGAUCAAUCCUCAAAUAUGGAAUCUAGCAGUACUGCUAUAAACACAGACUCUAAGUACUUGUCAAAUCUAGUUAAUAUUUAUCGAAAUAUGUCUAAUAAUCCAAACCAGAAGCAUCUAUCGUUUGACAACGAAGCCAACUCAGUAAAUAUGCAGCCAACCUACUUGAGUGAAACUUUGGGGGGUUAUGAGCAGCAAGAUUCCAGCUUGAACUUUCGCACCUUUCAACAUCCGAGCAAUUUCCAGCCAGAUCAUCAAAUGGAAGAAUUGCAGCCACUAAGUGAUAUAUCUAUACAAUAUCCGAAAGGAAAUGAAAGGAAUUAUCCUAGGACCCAAGACACUACUUCAAGACACCAACAGCCGUCUGAUAACAUUAAGGCAGCGGUUGGAUUUAAUCCGAUUUCGCCACCUGAGCGAAAGCGGCCAUAUAAGCAACAUCAAAGUAAGCAAGCUAAUACAAGUGGGCGAGAGACUAAUAUUGUUCACACACGGUCGUCUGCGUCUAAAGUGAGUCAACGCUCCGUAAAAACGGAUAAAAAAGCUUCUGGUGUGGCGAGCCGAUCAAAUAAAAGUACAGCAUGGCGUUGA